AUGUAUUUUACAUUUGGAUGGCCAAAAAUUUAUUCGAGUGAAGUUUGUGAACAAUUUAUAGAUGUUUCACAUAAUUCAGAUAAUACAUUAAUAGCAUUCAUUGGUAUAACAACAUUAUCAUUAUGGUCAGGUGAACAACAUAGGGUUCAACUUGGUUAUAUCUCACGAUCUGAUGAUUCGAUCAAUAAAUUUGGUAAAAAUGAAAAAUUAUGUUGGUCACCCGAUUCUUCAUCAAUUGCAAUUGUUACAUCACUAGGAUAUAUUAUAGUUUAUAGAAUUGAAAAAGAAGGUAUAGAUAUUUUAAAUUUUAAAUAUUAUAAAGAUCAUCACUCAUCAUAUCUUCAACAUGAUAUUACGAAAUAUUAUAUUAAAUUUUCAUCAUCAUUUAGACCUUCAUCAUUGGGUACAUUAUGUAUAACAUCAAAUAAUGAAUAUAUUUAUAUAUUUACAAAAGAAGGAUAUUUAGUUAAAUCAUCAUGGACAGGUGAAUUAAUUAGUCAAUUUUCAUUAGAUAUUGUACCAUUUGAUGGAUUAAAUGAUAAAAACGAUACAAAUAGUGGUAGUAUACCGAGUAGUUCACCAUUAGUAGUUUCAAGUGUAUUUUAUAAUCCAAUAUUCUCAAUAUUUGGACCAAUAAUUAAACCAAAAGGAUUUCAAGGUGAUAUUAAAGAAUUAGAGAAUCAAAUGAAUUCAUGUCAAUAUUUAAGAACAUUUUCAUUAUUACAAUUUAGAGAGAUAACACCAGAAGCAAUUGGACCAGUAUCAACAAUGAGGUGGAAUCAUGAUGAUAAUUGUUUAGCAGUUGGUUGGAAGAAUAGAGGAUUUUGUGUUUGUAAUGAUGGUAAUAAUAAUAUCAAUAAUAAUAAUAAUAAUAAUAAUAAUAAUAAUAAUAAUAAUAAUAAUAAUAAUAAUAAUAACAAUAAUAAUAAAUAUUUAGAACCAUGUAGAGAUGGUGUUUUAUCAUUUAGUUGGGGAUUAGAAUCAUAUCAUUUAAUUUUAUUAUCAAAUGAUAAUGAUGAUGGUGAAUUUUUUCAAUUUACAUUUUUAAAAGCAUCAUUAGCAUCGAAUCCAACAUUAAAUUAUUCUGAGCGUAUUAUACUUCAAACAGAGGAUAGAUUAAUGUUAUUAAAUUAUAAAGGUAAAGAAUUGGGUGAUAUUCGUUGGAAACAUCUUCAAAUUCCAUCAGCAUAUUUAAAUGAUAAUUGGCCAAUUCGACAUAUAGCAUUAUCACGUGAUAGAAAUCAAUAUGCAGUUGCAGGUAAACGAGGUAUCAUUUUAUAUAAUCAAUUAAGUAAACGUUGGAAAAUGUUUGGUGAUAGAAAUCAAGAGCAAGAAAUUCAAAGUCUUUCAUUGGCAUGGUAUAAAAAUGUGGUAAUCGUUGCAAACUAUUCCAUUGAAACCACUAAAAAACAUCAAUUUCUAUUCUUUCCAAAACAACAUCUUGAUAAUUCCUCAUUAUUAUACUCUUAUCAAAUACCUCAAAACCAUACACCACAACUAUUAGAUUGUAAUGAUAUUCAUUUAGUAUUAUUCACUCAAGAAUCUUUCUUUUAUUUAUUUAGAGUUUUAGAACGUAAUCAAAAAAUUGAAUUACAUUUAGUUCAUACAUUAUCAAUGGCUGUACCAUCAAUACCUUUAUCAAUUUCAUUAUUACCACCAAUUCAAGUUUUAUUAAAUAAUAAUAUUAAUAAUAAUAGUAAUAAUAAUAUUAAUAAUAAUAUUAUUAAUAAUAAUAUUAUUAAUAAUAAUAUUAUUAUUAAUAAUAAUAAUCAAUCAAAAUCAUCUUUUAUUUCUUCACCAAUUAAAUUAAAUAGAAAUAAUAAUACUAAUACUAAUAAUAGUAAUAAUAAUAUAACAAAUAGUCCAUCUUCUCAACAACAAUUACAACAAUUACAACAACAAUUACAACAACAACAACAACAACAACAACAACAACAACAACAACAACAACAACAACAACAACAACAACAACAACAACAACAACAACAAUUACAACAACAACAAUUACAACAACAAAAACAAUUAGCAUAUUGUUUAAUAUUAUAUUCAAAUGGUAGAUUAUGUUUAAUAAAUGCAGAGAAUUCAAUACAAUGUGAAUUAUCAAAUAAUAUUGAACAAUAUUGGUUUACAAAUAUUUAUAGAGAUAAUGAAUUAAUUGGUAAUACAUUAUGGGCAUAUGGUAAUUCAGGUAUACAAGUUUGGUUUCCAUUUUCAUCGGAAGAAAUUUUAUCAAAUAAAAAUUUCAAUCAUAAUAAAUCAUUAAGUUUUAAUAAUGAAGUUUAUCCAAUUGGUUUUUUAAAUGAAUUGGGUGUAAUUGUUGGAUUAAGUCAAGGUAUAAGUUAUUCAUCAUGUUCAGUUUAUCCAAAUUAUGAAAUUCAUAUUAAAACUCAUCCAUUCCUUCAUUCAAUUUUAAAACAUUUACUAGAGAGAGGUGGUGCUGAAAAAGCUUGGAAUCUAUCAAGUAAAUUCUAUACAAUUCCUCAUUUCACUCAUUCUCUAGAGUUGUUACUUCAUGAAUUCAUCUCUGAAACCGAUGAUUUAAAGAAACAAUUUAAAAUUAAAUCACAAUCAACCGGUCAAUUAAGUCCUGCAGGUUUAAAAUUAGAAUAUGUUAUAAACUUUUUAAAGAAAUUUCCACAAUUUCCAGAGGUUGCAAUGCGUGCUACAAGAAAAAUUGAUGCUUCACUUUGGAGAGGUCUAUAUACAAUCAUUGGUGAUCCUUUUAUACUCUAUCAAAAAUGUUUAUCAAAUGGUAAAAUUGAAAUUGCUGCAUCCUAUUUAAAAAUAUUACAACAUUUAAAUACAAAUUCAAAUACUUCAUUUCAAGAUGAUAUUAGUAGAAAAUGUGCAAUUGAAUUAUUAGAAAUUUCUUUAGAUUUUGAUAAUAUUGAUUUAGUUGGUGAUUUAAUUAGAUUUUUACAUACUUCUGAUGAAGAUAAUGCAACAACUCCAAAAUUAAAUAAUAAUAAUAAUUCAGAUGAUGAUGAUGAUGAUGAUGAUGAUGAUGGUUAUUAUAAUGAUAAUAAUAAUAAUUUAAAAGAUAAUAAUAAACCAAUUAAACCAACAAUUUCAAAAGAAUCAAAAUUAUUUUAUAAACAAUUAGAUUUAAUUUUAUCAACUUAUGCAAAUAAAUUAUUAAAGAAUAAACUAUUAAGAAAUUUUUUAUUAUUUUCAAGAAAAACACUUUGUGAUGAUUUAUCAAAUUGGUUAAUCACUAAAAAGAGAUCAACAAUUCUUAGAACAGUUGAAGAUUUAGAUAUGGCAUUAAAUUCAAUUCAUGUUCAAUUUUAUAUAAAUUUACCAAUUGAACCAAUUAAUCCACCAUUUUCAUCACAAAGUUUAUUAAUGGUUUUCUCACCACAAUCAAAUGGUUUAGUUGGUAGUACAAGUAAUACUGAUUUUAAUAAUUUAAAACAAUCUUUAUCAAUUGAUUCUGAAUUAGAAAAUUUAAAUAUUGAUAAUAUUAUUAAUAAUAAUAAUAUUAAUAAUAAUAAUAAUAAUAAUAAUAAUAAUAAUAAUAAUAAUCAAUCAUUACCAUUAUCAAUAUCACAAGAACAACAAAUGAUUCAAAAUUUAUCACAAUCACCACCAACAAUGGUAACAAAGGAUGAAAUGAUUGAAUCACUUAAAUCAAGAAUUAAUAAUACACCAUCAAAAGAUCAUCAUGUUUCAAGUAAUAGUAAUGUUGUUAGUAGCGGUGGUGGUGGUGGUGGUGGCGGUAAUGGUGGAGUUGUUAAUUCUAGUAGUCAAUAUAAUUUUAGAUCUCAUCAAUUUAUGAUUGCACCAACAACUUCAAAUGAAUAUAGCGAUCCAUUCUUUUUAAAAGAAUCAAUUGAAUCAUCAAUGGAUGAUCUUUAUUAUUUAUUACAAGAAUUAACAAAUGCAAAUUGUUAUGAAUGGGUAUUGGUAAUUGCUACAGUUUUAUUAAAUCCAGUUUUAAUCUCAAAAACUUUAAAAAAAAUACCAGAUAUUUAUGAAAACUAUUGUAAAAUGUUAUCACUUCAAAAACCAAUUGGAUAUAAUCAAUUAUUAAAAUUUAUUGAAGAUUCAGUUUAUCCAUUAUUACAACAAAAAUAUUUAGAUAAAAAAUAA